GUUCGGUGAAUGAGAACCAGAGACCGUCGAAUUCCUACAACGGAGACCUCAAUGGACUGCUGGUGCCUGAUCCCAUCGUGGCCGGAGAUGGACCUUCUUUGGCUAAGCCGGUGCAUCGCAGCGUUUCUUUGGGAGCCUUGCAGGAGAAGCAAGUCAUCUGCCUGUCCGGUGACGACAGCUCCACUUGCGUAGUGAUAUCGGCAAAAAACGUGGAGAUAGUGGCCAGCAGUGAUUCCAGCAUCACCAGUAAGGCAAGAGGGAGUAACAAGGUGAAAAUACAACCGGUUGCUAGAUACGACUGGGAGCAGAAAUACUAUUAUGGCAAUCUGAUAGCUGUUUCGAACUCUUACCUGGCUUAUGCCAUUAGAGCUGCCAGCAAUGGCUCGGCGAUGGUGCGAGUGCUGAGCGUCAGCACAGCGGAGCGGACCUUGCUGAAGGGAUUCACGGGCGGCGUGGCAGACCUGGCUUUCGCUCACCUCAACUCCAACCAGCUGGCGUGCCUGGAUGAGGCUGGCAACCUUUUCGUCUGGCGCCUGGCCAUGGAUAAAGAAAAAAUCCAAGAGGAGAUCUUGGUUAACAUCAAGCGGCCUGACAACACCCCGCUGAACACCUCUCGAAGAAUCAUCUGGUGUCCUUUCAUCCCGGAUGAUAAUGAGGAGAGCGGUGAAGAGGGAAGUCAGACGUUGGCCUUGUUGCAUGAGGACAGGGCAGAGGUGUGGGAUUUGGACAUCAUCCGGACAAACAACAGCUCCUGGCCGGUGGAAGUGCCCAGCAUCAAAGAAGGCUUCAUUGUAGUGAAAGGCCACAGCACGUGCCUGAGCGAGGGAGCGCUUUCUCCAGAUGGAACCGUGUUGGCCACAGCAAGCCACGACGGUUUCGUCAAGUUCUGGCAGAUCUAUAUUGAGGGGCAAGACGAGCCAAGGUGUCUUCACGAGUGGAAGCCCCACGAUGGCAGGCCUCUUUCCUGCCUGCUCUUCUGUGACAACCAUAAAAAACAAGAUCCAGAGGUUCCCUUCUGGAGAUUUCUCAUCACGGGAGCGGAUCAGAACAGAGAGCUCAAGAUGUGGUGCACCGUGUCUUGGACCUGUCUGCAAACCAUCCGCUUUUCUCCUGACAUCUUCAGCUCCAUGAGUAUUCUUCCCAGCCUGAAAGUUUGCCUGGACCUCUCGGCUGAAUAUCUGAUACUGAGCGACGUGCAGAGGAAAGUCUUGUAUGUGAUGGAGCUGAUGCAGAACCAGGAGGAGGGCAAAGCUUACUUCAGCUCCAUCUCGGAGUUCCUCCUUACCCACCCAGUCCUAAGCUUUGGCAUCCAAGCAGUGAGCCGCUGCCGGUUAAGGCACACGGAAGUGCUCCCGGCAGAAGAGGAGAAUGACAACUUGAGU